GAUCCCGCGGCCCCCCUCGCCUCUCCCGAGGCGAUGGAAGAGGAUAAGACGAGCACGGGGGUGCCGGAGGCGGAGGCGGACGAGAGGAGACCGCUCAAAUCCCCCCGCAUGGACCACGCCGAGAAGACUCUGCCGGAGGCGAGCAAGCGGAAAGCGAAGGCGGCGGCGCCGACCAGCAACACCGAGAUGGGGCUAUGCCCCCACUUUGUACGUUUCGAGGAAGACAUGGUAAGGUUCGUAUCGAAGCUCAGGUCCUCCGAGCGCGCCCCGAGGUGUGAGCAUUACCUGUGCGAGAACAAGGUGGAAAAGAGCAGUAUCUUGGUGUGCAUCGACUGCAACCUGCAUUUCUGUAUUGGGAGCGGGACCAAGAACAGUCCACAGGGACACGCCCGGUGGCACGCUGAACUGGAGCAGCAUCCUGUUGGUGCGUUCUCCAGCGAACCCCAAACUCUGUACUGCUUCAUUUGUGAACGUCGUCUGGAAUUGGAGGUCAAUGAAAUGCAGUGCGAAUGUGACAUCAAAAGCGACAACAGCAACAGCAACAGCACCGACAGCUGUGGAUGUGGACACUUCCUGUUGGACGAGGAAGAAAUUAAUCUGAUUGUGUCAGAGGUCAUGGCCUCCAAGAAUGCUCUGGCGUGCCAACAUCCCGGGUGUAAGAUCACUGGGAGGACCCGUAUCAUGGUGUGCACGGGAUGCAACAAGCAUUUCUGCACUAGAGCUAAGGCCAAGAAAAGGCCGCUUGGACAUGCCCGGCAGCAUGCUAAGAAGUGUGAGCAUUGGGUUGGUUUGUGGUGCAGUAAUCUAUGUCUCGGCUACUGCUUCAUGUGUGAAUUCGAGUUGACCCUCGGUACACGGAAUUUUGAUGUGGGAAUGAUGUUUGGCAAGGAAGCAUUUGGUCGUGCAUUUGGGUCCAAGAAGGAGCAUGUAUGUCCUAUCAGAGGGAUGCCGAAUCUUGGAAACACUUGCUACAUGAAUGCAUUGUUGCAGUGCCUUUUUGUGCUUGGAAAGCUGCGGGCAAGGAUGUUAGCACCAGAUGCUCCUUCAGAUAUGCUUGGUGUGGCACUCAAAGAUCUCUUUGAAGAGGUAAACAAUGUGAAUAAUGCACGACACCAACUGAACCCAACGAAGUUCUUUUCUUGCCUUUGUAUUUUGGAUGCACGGUAUGCAGGCAGUGAUAUGCAAGACAGCCAUGAAUUGCUUUGUUUGAUACUGGAUCGAUUGGUUGAGGAGGAGAAGUUAAAUAUGGCUGCAGUGAUUCCUACAGUUGUUGAUUCCAUUUUUCGUAGUCAUAUAUCUGUUACCAUGUCCUGUACUUGUUGCUCAUAUAGUUCACCUUCAUGUGAAGUAACGUAUGAUAUCUCACUUCCACUGCCAUUGGAGAGGCCACCACCAAAAAGUAUUGCAUUGCCACCAAGGAACAUAAGUUGCAUGUCUCAAGAGAAGACUGGUACUAAACUAUUCCCAGAGGAUGACAUGAGUAAUACCGAACAUAUUCAGGCAAUUGCUGCAGGCCGUGAUUCUCAUGUCACUGGUUUAGAACCCAGAGAUGUGGCUGUAGAGAAAAUAUCUGAGCCUUUGGAAGUUGAUUCUAUUGAAGUGGAACAUAGCUCACGAACCAAGGAUGGUUUAUGUGUUCCUUCGCAGACUCAGAAGGAUAAUGUCCCAGGGGAGAUUGUUCAGGUGCCAACUAAGGCUGGUGAUUUAGGGCAAAAUGACAAUACUGGUCUUGGUAACACGUCCAGUGAGCCAGAAGUUAGUAUAAAAGACAAGAAAAACACUUGCUCUGUAGAAGGUGCAGCAGAAGACAAGAGGAAAUCUCAGGGUAGAAAUAUUGAUCAUGGCAAGACAGAGGCUAACAACUCUCUCGCAUCAAUUGAGGAGUGUCUAGCACUGCAUUUUAAAGCAGAGCUCCUGGAAUGGAAUUGUGAGAAAUGUUCUAAAGCUGCUCAGCAUCCGAGCACCACUAAUAGUAAAGAUACUAAACAGACGAUGGCAAGCACCAAUGAAAACACAGUUGAUGGAGAUCAGACUGUACAGUCGGACAAGAUAGCAUGCCAAAGCCAGCAAUCUAGGAAUUUGGACACUUCAGCACUAGAAUGCAGUAGUAAGCAACCACAUGGUUCUGAUUCACAACGUCAAGCUAUGCCCACAGCAGAUAGCAUUACUAAAGGAAUCAGCACAAGCCCUCCUGCCAAGCACAUGUACACAUUGUGCAGCCAAGGUCCGUUAUCAAGCCACAACAGAGUAACUUCAGGGAUGACCUAUGGUGAACAACAGUUUGCCUCUGAUAACGACAUAAAAACUGAAGGUCAUGAAGGUGUUCAAGAAGCUGGACCUAGUUGUCUUCCAACUGAGGAACCGGUCAACCAGUUGAGUGUCCAGGGUCAAAAUGCCAGCACUGCAGAUCAGGGUGAGGGGAAGCAAGUAAAGCUGGAUCAUAAUGCAGGCCAAGUGGAUGCAAACCAAAGCAAGCGGGAAGAUAGGAUUCAAGGUGGAAUUCAAACUCGUCUUAUUAGCAAGCUGCCACCUGUAUUGGCCAUUCAUCUGAAGAGAUCCUUAUGCACUGGUAAAGUGAGAGGACACGUGAGCUUUGAGGAGAUACUUGAUGUAGCACAGUUCAUGGAACCCAGUUCUGAGGACAAACAUAAUUCCAGCUAUCGUCUGGUAGGUGUCAUUGAACACUUGGGCCCCAGAACCAGUGCAGGCCACUGGAUUGCUUAUGUGAGACAAAACCGCGAACAGCCUGACAGUGGCUCUUCUUCAUGGUAUUGUGCUGAUGAUAUCAACAUCAAAGAAGUAUCUCUAGAAGAAGUUCUCAAGUGUGAGGCUCAGCUUCUUUUCUAUGAGAGAAUGGAUGGCUGACAUGUAUGGAAUUCUAGAUCAGCCAACUAAUCCGAAGACCAAUCACAAAGGAAGCAGAUGUUUGAGAUUAUCAAGCUUUAUUUGGAGAUGGGCAAUGGUCGAGUCAGUGUAUUUACUAGCGUAGGCUCGUGAUCAGGUCCAAUUUUGUUGUUGUGGGUGGAUGAUGUUGAGUCAUUUCAGGACUUCAAACUGACUGCAACAUGUAUGUACCCAGUUGAGAUGUUUCGGCUGGUGUUCUUGAUCAUCUGGUCUGGUUACUCUCAUUCACAUCCAUUUUGUCCGUCCAUACGGAAUAUAUUAGGAUUCUUUGGAGAAAGAAAAAAUAACAGAUUAGGACUUAUGGCAUUACUGAAGCGAGAAAUGUGCUUGUGCCUGUUUGGUUGUGUGUUGUACUCCAUCUUAUUUCUUUGAGCAUUGUUACACGUAGUGAAAAAGAAUUUUUAUUAUUCUUAUAAAGAAA